CUACCAUUUUACAAUGUUUUUCUCACAAGCCAUAACCAGGCCACGUGUCACACGAACCUGCGUAGCUAAUUUCUUUCUUGGCCACUCUCUCUCUUCCCCUGCAACUUUCCCUCUUUCUAGAUCUCCGCGGCGACAGAUCCAAAUCGGCAAGUAAGAAGACUAAACGAGAUUACCAACUCCGACUUGAGCUUGAAAUCCUCCUGCGAAUUGCUUCUCUUGAUCCCUCUCAAUGUUUGAUUCGGAGCAUGUAAGCAUCUGAGAUGGCUUCAAUCCGGCGAACUCUCUCGCCGCUCUAUCACAAUCGCCCCGGAGGCGCAGCACCAUCCCCUUCUCAGAAAGGCACCACUAAACAACACAACUCCCCCCAACUUCUCUCACGCAGAGGUCCAUGGCGGCGACCGUUUUACCAGUUCCUCGCUUUCUUUCUCAUCGGUUUCCUCUUAGGUAUGACACCGUACGGCCAAAUCGAUGACAUGAACGGUACAGAUCAUUCCACCUUCCAGAUCAAACCUCCCAGCAACGUGAAACGGGAAGAGAUAGGUGUGGAUGGAGUAAGCUUCGUGGCGGAGGAUUUGGAUUUGGUUGUGCCGAGGAAGCUUGUGAUUGUGGUGACGCCAACGUACAAUCGAGCGAUGCAGGCGUAUUACUUGAACAGGGUUGCUCAAACGCUGAGGCUGGUGGAGCCACCUGUGCUGUGGAUAGUGGUGGAGGGCAAUGCGGCGUCGUUCGAGACUUCUGAGAUUCUGAGGAAGACCGGGGUGAUGUAUAGACACUUGGUUUGCAAGAGGAACAUGACGAGUUUUAAGGAUAGAGGUGUUCAUCAGAGGAACACUGCCUUGGAACAUAUUGAGCUGCAUAAGCUUGAUGGGAUUGUUUACUUUGCUGAUGAUGAUAAUGUCUACUCUCUUGACUUGUUCCGAAGCUUGAGAGAGAUCAGGCGAUUUGGAACUUGGCCUGUUGCAAUGCUGGCGCCAAGCAAAAACAAAGCCAUCCUCGAGGGUCCAGUAUGCAAUGGAAGUCAAGUAAUUGGAUGGCACACUAAUGAAAAGAGUAAAAGAGUACGAAGGUUCCAUGUUGAUAUGUCAGGGUUUGCUUUCAACAGCACUAUACUCUGGGACCCUAAAAGGUGGAAACGUCCUUUUUCACAUCCAACCCGCCAACUAGACACAGUGAAGGAAGGUUUCCAAGAGACAACAUUUAUAGAGCAGGUGGUAGCAGAUGAAAGCGAUAUGGAAGGUGUUCCACCAGCUUGUUCGAGGAUACUGAACUGGCAUCUUCACUUGGAUGCGCUAGAUGUCCCUUAUCCACAAGGGUGGGUGAUGCAGAAGAAUCUCGAAGCUGUCGUUACUGUGAGAUAGUUCCUAGAUACGACUUUUGACUGGUAAAGAUUUAUACUAGGGUUCAGGAACUUUUGAAGUCUCAGGUGUUCAGGAACGUACAAGCAAAAGGUGAAGUUCAAGACCAUGAAAAUUUGGUAUGUUUUUGAAUUUGGUGUAUUUAGUACGAGAUGGAAUUAUUUUUUUGCUUCCUUUGGACAUAUUCCAAUACACGGUCUGAGUCCAGACAACAAUGAACAAAGUAACUAGUCGUUCACAUUCA